CUCAGCAGAGCAUUUAUUCAUCGCGAGAUCAGAGUUUAAAGGGCUUGGCUCUGGGUUGAGCGGAGUACCUAAUUCUCGCGAGAAUAUCUGCACUGAAGAGUUUAGCGGAGUUUCCAACUCUCGCGAGAGGUGGUAUAAGUGUGCUUUGGCUCUUCAGGGUUCAGCCUGCGGGUGGCAGACUGAAGCUGUGAAUAUGAGUGAUGAUAAACCAUUUCUCUGCACUGCUCCUGGCUGCGGACAGCGAUUCACAAAUGAAGACCACCUGGCGGUGCAUAAACACAAGCAUGAGAUGACCCUGAGAUUUGGUCCAGCACGCAAUGACAGUGUCAUCAUCGCUGACCAGACACCGACACCGACCCGCUUCCUGAAGAACUGCGAGGAGGUCGGGCUGUUUAACGAGCUCACCAGCCCGUUCGAGCAUGACUUUAAAAAGGCCACGGAGGAUGACAUUAAAAAGUUGCCUCUGGACUUGUCUCCUCUUGCGACUCCUGUUGUUCGAAACAAAAUAGAGGAGCACACACCCAUCGAGUCCCACCGAGACAGCCCCCGUCCCCACCCUGAGUCGACCACCACUGACGACAAGGAGGUUUCUUUGCAGCCGACCUCUCUGCCUCCAUCCACUAUAGUCCGUCCUGCCUCCCUCCAAGUCGCCAAUGUACUACUGGCCAGCAAUGAGGCUGGUGUUGUUAUUCAGCGAGCUCUCCCAUCUCCAACAUCUAGCUCUGUUAUAACCCAGGUCCCAUCCUCUAGUAGACCGAUAGUUCCGGUGUCCGGCACGUUUCCGGUUCUGCUGCAGCUGCCUAACGGUCAGACGAUGCCAGUCGCCUUUCCAGCCACCAUCGCCAGCUCCAGCGUGCACAUACCCACUGCCAUUCCUCUUGUCAGACCAGUCACCUUAGUGCCUAGUGUCCCUGGAAUCCCUGGCCCCUCCUCUCCACAGCCUGUCCAAUCAGAAGCCAAGAUGAAGCUGAAGGCGGCCCUCAGUCAGCAGAUCCCUCAGGUAACCAACGGCGAUGCAGGUGACAUCCAGAGCACUUUGGUGUCUCCAGCCCAGCACACCUCCAGCACAGGUGGGCGGCGGCGGAGAACCACCAGCGAGGACCCAGACGAGAAGAGGCAGAAGUUUCUGGAAAGGAACAGAGCGGCUGCGUCUCGCUGCAGGCAGAAGAGGAAAGUCUGGGUGCAGAAUCUGGAGAAGAAAGCGGAAGACUUGAGCAGCAUGAACGGACAGCUACAGAAUGAGGUGACUCUUCUGCGUAGCGAGGUGGCCCAGCUGAAGCAGCUUUUACUGGCUCACAAAGAAUGUCCCGUGACGCUCCUGCAGAAGAAAUCAGGAUACCACCAGCUGGAGAAGGAGGACAGCUGCAGUGAGAUGUCUGUUCCCAGCAGCCCACAGAACGAGGCCAUCCAGCACAGCUCCAUCAGCACAUCCAACGGCGUCAGCUCCCUCGCAUCCGGCCCCGCUCUGGGGCCCGCCGCAGACCACAGCACAGAGGAGGAGGACGACUCGCACUCUUCCUCUCACGCCCAGUCUUCAGGAAGCUGAUCAGGCCUCUGAUUGGUGGCUUUGAUUCCUGGCAGCCAUGUUGAAAUGAGGGGGGCGAGAGACGAGAGAUCCCUGGAGCAGUUUUCAUUUGAGCUCUUGGUGAAGAGUUGUGAGUAGGCACUUGUGAGGUUAUGCAUAAACUGUACUGAUUGUUUCAUGGUUUUUCCAUUUGUGGUGUGUCCGGAUUCAUAGCGAGAGGAAAGAGACGUACCGAAGCACUCUCAGAGGCUUAAAGAUGGAAGAAUUGUCCACUUUAUAAUUUAUUUGCCUUUUAUAUUUUGCACAUGAAAGGAGUGAAAGGUGUUUUUUAAAGCGAUCAUUGUUUUAAGUGCUUGACACAAGCAGUUCCAGCAGAUUUUUAGGAGUAGCUUUAAAACCAAUCUGAUAGUCAGUCUUCUAGAAAUAGUGAGGUGUUGUUGUGUGAGUGUUUCACAAGGAUCCUGGCAUGUUAAAGGAAGAUUUUCUGACAUGAAUGAUUGUUCAUCGGGCCGUGAUUGUAGGUGUAGAUGCUGACUUUUCCAAUGCUUGCUUCGAUAUGUGCCAUUUAUUUGGUUGCAGGUUAUUGAAAUUACAAUAACAAAUUUAUUUUAGUUUAAUUACAAUGACGUGAAUUCGUGACUUGCCUGAGAGCUUUUCAUGGACUUAUUUUGAUAAGAACCUUCAUGCAUUUUUAUAAGUGAUUUUUUCCUGCGGCUGACUUUGUAUUUGUGGUGUCUGACUCUUAGAAACAUUGAGAUAAGUUCAUUCACUUUGGUUGUCUUUCUGAUUACAGUGUAAUUAAGGAAGCAUUGUAUAUGGCAUUAUGAUGAAAUCAUUGUAUGUGAUCUCUACUGGUACUAUGUUUGUCUUAGGAUCAUGACGACAAAAAAAUCACCUGAACAAACCUUUCAAUAAGGCUUUCUCUGGUUUUCAGCAAUUCUGUCUUUAAAAAUGUAACUCGACAAAACUGAACAGGAACUGGAGCUGCUCUUCGAAACAAACAAAGACGGAUAUAAAACUCUACUGUCUUUUUAAGUUCUACUAUUAAGGUACUAAGUAAGGAAAAUAGAUGAAGUCUUUCAUUAUCAUCCUCUUCUAUCUUUAAAAUCUAUUGGCUUACUACUGUGUAGUUCUACAAGACUUUGCUGCAUUUCGUUCUGCUUUUAAGUCAACUUGAUUUUGGUUUCAAAGGUAAAUUUGUAUGACUGAAUUCUCUAAGAGAAUUGUUUCAGAAGUGUUUCAACCAUGUCUCUGUUGCAGUUGAACAUCUUGGCAGCUUUACAAUGGGGGUUUUGUUCUUAUUUACUAGGUCCACUUUGGAAAAAGGAUGUGAUGAUUAUUGUGUUGGCGGUCAACUUGUAACUUGUGGAAGUUAUGUAUAAAUUAUAAUAAAUUAAUAAAAUGUUGUAA